AUGCAGGUAUUCUGGCAUGACGAUGCUCUCCUUCAUGAUCCACCCCACGAGAUCCUGUCUGGACGACUUGUUCCCUACCUCGAAAGCCCCGACCGCCUUCACAAGAUCCGUGCAGCUCUCGAGGCAUGCGAGGACUUCACGAUGACCCAAGCAGACGGAGAAUGGCCUGACAUUCUGGACCGCAUGCGUGCUGUCCACUCGGAAGACUAUACCGAGUACCUCGCAACGAUCUACGAGGAGUGGACAGCUAUUGGUGGUGACAAGACUGCAGUGUUCCCGGAGACGUUCCACCAUCGGGGUAUACAAAAUUUCGAAAUCAAGUCUCCGAAGAGUCUAUCGCCUCUCGCCAAACCCGGGCUCUACACCUUUGAUCUCAGCUGCCCUAUCACUGCGAAUACGUACAAGGCUGCACUGGCGUCCGUGAAAGUCGCGUUGAGUGCAGCACGCAGACUCGCACAGUUGCGUGCGGCUUCUUCGCCAGUGAAGGGCGUGUUCGCGCUAGGACGACCGCCCGGCCAUCAUGCACAAGACGCUCUAUGCGGCGGAUACUGUUUCUUGAACAACGCCGCCAUCGCCACCAAGUACCUUCUUGAUUCCCAUGGCGUCAGGAACAUAGCCAUCUUGGACAUAGACUAUCAUCAUGGGAACGGGACUCAGCAGAUCUUCUACGCGGAGCCGAGAGUCCUCUACGUCUCGUUGCAUGCCGAGGGCGAUUAUCCUUACUUGACUGGGUCCUCGGACGAGACCGGUGAGGGGGCUGGGCUAGGAUUCAACUACAACUAUCCACUGCCACAAGGGACGGCAGAUGACGCGUACUGCGCAGCACUUGAGACCGCGGCAGAGACAAUACGGAAACACGAUGCGAUUGACUACGUCGUCGUCAGCCUGGGCGUAGACACUUAUGCCGAAGACCCUAUCUGUGAAUUCGCGCUGUCGAAGCAGUGUUAUCCACGGAUGGGCAGUAUUAUCGGCAUGCUCGCACGGCCCACGCUGUUCGUUAUGGAAGGGUGCGUCCGUCCACUAUGCAAGGCUUCGCGCGGGGAGCUCACUGUCGUGUGUGGAUAA